AUGGAAGAUACCGCAUACAGCCGCCUAAAAAAGCAAAUCUACAAGAUGACCACAAAAGAAGUACAGCUCAACAGCGACAUACACUUUCUAUCCAUCUGCAAGAAAAGACAGCUGAUCCCCAAAGGCCUAAAAAUCAAAAAUCCACUGGCUAAUACGCAGAAAACACAGUAUGCUGAAAACCUGUGUAAACGCACUAGUGAGAAACUAAGGAACCAUCUCAUCCACCAGCUCUACAACAAGAAAUAUAGCAUACAACAUAAAAAACAAUAUCUACUCCAAAAUCUACGUGAGGAGAAUACAUAUAUUGCUAAACAACUAGAACAUGAUCUACACUAUUUUUACAAAAAGCAACAAAGGGACCUUUUUAAGAAGAAAAAUAAUAAACUCAUCAGACUACAGCAGGAUUAUCACAAACAUUUGGCAGAGAAAGAGGAAUGGCAAGAGAAAUCUGGUAUUGUUAACAUUUCGGAUUACAAACUAUCUGACCCAGAAGCAUCAGUUCUCUCCAAAGGACUAUCAUUUUGCCCUAGCACAAAACUUGAUGACAUUGGGCUCUACUCUGACGUGGAAGAAUUUUUCAGAAGGAUGCGACUUAAGGAAUACUUCCAUGACAAAGAGAGCACUGAAACCACAAUGGAUUACAACAACCGGAAAAAAAACACUAAUUUCAGUCCAGCACCAGGACGAAAUGCCAAACUGGACAGUUACAUUGAAAGUUUCCGUCUAAGAACAGUAUCCUUGACAACCAAGCAAAACCAAAAGAAAAUGUUUCAUAAUCUCUCAGUACAGGAACAAAUGGCUAUAAAUGACCUGAAAAAUAAUCAUGCUAUCACCAUCAAACCAGCAGACAAGGGAGGAGCAGUAGUGAUAAUGAACACCCAGGACUACAUAAAAGAGGGUGACAGGCAAUUGUCAGAUGACAAAUACUAUAGAAAACUAAAUGAAGACCCCACCAAGGAAUAUACAUCACAACUUAGGGAGCUCAUUAAAUCCUUCCCUGAGAACUUACACCUAGAACUGCAAUCACUCAUACCAACUAGUCCCUGCAUGGGCACUUUCUAUAUGCUUCCCAAAAUCCACAAAGCAG